AUGUCUAUGGAGUCCAUGGCUCAAUUGUAUAACCGGUUGAAGCCAUUUUUGGCAGUCAUUGCUUUGCAGUUUGGUUCAGCAGGGAUGACCAUAAUUUGUAAGUUUACUUUAGACCAGGGAAUGAGCCAACAUGUGUUGAUAGUCUACCGGUAUGCUGUUGCCUCUGCUGUCAUUGCUCCUUUUGCUAUUGUCUUGGAUAGGAAAAUAAGGCCAAAGUUGACCCUCUCUCUCUUUGCUAAGAUUGUGUUGCUCGGCUUGUUAGAGCCUGUAAUUGACCAGAACUUGUACUAUACUGGGAUGAAGCAUACUACAGCAACUUUUACAGCUGCCUUGACCAAUGUUCUUCCUGCCUUAGCAUUUUUAAUGGCUUGGAUUUGCAGGCUUGAGAAGGUGUCUAGAAGGCUGCCUAGCCAGGCAAAGGUAUUGGGGACUAUAGUUGCGCUAGGGGGAGCAAUGCUUAUGACUCUUGUUAAAGGACCCAUGUUGAAUUUGCCAUGGACAAAUGGGAAUAACCAUCAUGAAUCUACUGGUGCAGCAAAUAAGCAAGAUCCCAUCAAGGGUGCUGUCAUGAUCUUUGCAGGUUGUGUCUGCUGGUCUGCUUUCAUCAUUCUUCAAGCAAUUACCCUGAAAUCAUACCCUGUAGAGCUUUCCCUAACUCUUUGGAUAUGCUUGAUGGGCACACUCCAAAGCAGUAUACUGGCCCUCGUCAUCGAAUGGAACAAUCCGACGGCCUGGGAGAUACGCUUGAAUACCAUGCUCUUAACUGCUAUAUACGGAGGGGUAAUAUCUACAGCGAUUACUUAUUACAUUCAAGGAGUGAUAAUGAAGGAUAGGGGACCUGUUUUCGUUACAGCAUUUAGACCCCUAACCAUGGUUAUUGUCGCAAUCAUGGCCACCUUCAUGCUCAACGAGAACUUGUUCUUAGGAUGGGUUAUUGGAGCGGUUGUCAUUGUUGUUGGCCUAUAUCUGGUUUUAUGGGGCAAGAGCAAGGAGCAGAAGCUUACCAAAUCCGACAGCGAUGAGGUUCUACCAAAUGCCCAUACUACUACAUCUCUUAUGAAUGAGAGCAUAACGACUUCAAAUCCAAGAAUUUGUGUCCAUGUCGACGAGGGCACUAACACGAAACCGGUUACCCUAACGAUUAUAGAACCUAAUUAAUGUAACUGUUUAAUUUGUUUGUCGUUCGAAAUUUGCAGUGUUUUAUAUG